GAACGGACCCCCUUCUCAAAAUGGGGGAACCGGCGACUCUAGGUUGCAGUGUGUGCUGUAAAUCUUCCUGGAAUCAGCUGCAGGAUCUGUGCCGACUAGCCAAGCUUUCUUGUCCUGCACUUGGUGUUUCUAAGAAGAAUCUGUAUGACUUUGAAGUUGAAUACCUGUGUGAUUAUAAGAAGAUCCGUGAGCAGGAGUAUUACCUGGUUAAAUGGCGUGGGUAUCCCGACUCAGAAAACACUUGGGAGCCACGGCAGAAUCUCAAAUGUGUUCGCAUUCUUAAGCAAUUUCACAAGGACUUAGAAAGAGAGCUUGUCCGGCGACACCGCCGGUCAAAGCCACCCAGGCAUCUGGACCCAAACCUAGCCAAUUACCUGGUGCAGAAGGCCAAGCAGAGGCGGGCACUACAGCGUUGGGAACAAGAGCUCAAUGCCAAGCGCAGCCACCUGGGGCGGAUCACCGUGGAGAAUGAGGUAGACCUGGAUGGCCCUCCAAGGUCCUUUGUCUAUAUCAAUGAGUAUCGAGUUGGUGAGGGCAUCACCCUCAACCAGGUAGCUGUUGGCUGUGAGUGCCAGGACUGUCUGUUGGCCCCCACUGGAGGCUGUUGCCCUGGAGCAUCCCUGCACAAGUUUGCCUACAACGACCAAGGCCAGGUGCGACUGAAAGCUGGGCAGCCCAUCUACGAGUGCAACUCCCGCUGUUGCUGUGGCUAUGACUGCCCAAACCGCGUAGUCCAGAAAGGCAUCCGCUACGACCUCUGCAUCUUCCGCACUGAUGAUGGCCGAGGCUGGGGCGUCCGAACGCUGGAAAAGAUCCGCAAAAAUAGCUUUGUUAUGGAGUAUGUGGGAGAGAUUAUUACCUCAGAGGAGGCAGAGCGGAGGGGCCAGAUCUACGACCGCCAGGGCGCCACCUACCUCUUUGACCUGGACUACGUGGAAGACGUAUAUACCGUGGAUGCCGCCUAUUAUGGCAACAUCUCUCAUUUUGUCAACCAUAGUUGUGAUCCCAACCUGCAGGUGUACAACGUAUUCAUAGACAACCUUGAUGAGCGACUACCCCGCAUCGCAUUCUUUGCCACAAGAACCAUCUGGGCGGGCGAGGAGCUCACCUUUGAUUACAACAUGCAAGUGGACCCCGUGGACAUGGAGAGUACCCGAAUGGACUCCAACUUUGGCCUGGCUGGGCUCCCCGGCUCCCCCAAGAAACGAGUCCGUAUUGAAUGCAAAUGUGGGACAACAGCUUGCCGAAAAUACCUCUUCUAGCCCUGAGAAGUCUGAGGCCAGACUAACUGAAGGGGCCUGAAGCCACCUUCCUCUCCUACUGCUACCCUCUUGUCAAGAAUGACCAUCAAUCAGAGCCUUGUCUGCCUCCACUUGUCCUCACCUGCCCCAACCUGCUCCAGGGUCAGGGCUGUUGUGAGGACUAACUCCGGGUACCCUUCCCUGUUUCUUUCCCCUGUCCCAGGCCCAUCAGGCAUUGCACUUAAAACUCCCAGCCCCAUUUUCAAAAGCAUAUUUUUCACAUUAGGAUUCCCUAGAGUUGGAAUUCAUGUCAAGUAAUGGAGGUU